AUGAACUCCAUGGACCACCUCCAUGCUGCUCAGUUACUCCAUGUCACCGGAGCCGUCGGCCCGGAGAGUCUUGUUUUUGAUAGUCGCGGUGAAGGACCGUACACCGGUGUUGCUGAUGGUCGGGUUCUGAAAUGGGAAGGAGAGGAACGGGGUUGGACUGAAUUUGCCGUCACAAGUUCCAAUAGGUCGGACUGUGUACGUCCAUUUGCACCAGAGUUAGAGCAUGUUUGUGGGAGGCCACUAGGACUAAAGUUUGAUAAGAAAAAUGGAGAUCUGUACAUUGCUGAUUCCUACCUUGGCCUCAAAGUAGUAGGACCUGCAGGGGGUCUGGCCACCAAAGUAGCAACAGAAGCUGAAGGACAGCCCUUUCGCUUCACCAAUGACAUGGACAUCAGUGAAGAUGAAGAUGUGAUUUACUUCACCGAUUCAAGCACGACUUACCAGAGAAGGCAAUUUAUGGUAAUACUUCUUACUGGAGACAAGACUGGACGGUUAAUGAAAUACGACAAGUCAACAAAAGAAGUAAAGGUCUUAUUACGCGACCUUGCUUUUCCCAAUGGUGUUGCUUUAAGCAAAGAUGGUUCAUUUCUUCUGGUAGCUGAAACCUCGACUCACAGGAUUCUGAGGCUUUGGCUUCACGGACCUAAUGCUGGCCAAGUCGAUACUUUUGCUGUUGUUCCAGGUUUUCCAGACAAUAUAAGGAGAAAUUCAGAAGGGCAGUUCUGGGUAGCUUUACAUGCCAAAGAAACUCCUUUUGGCAAGUGGGUUUCUUCCAAUCUAUGGGCUGGUAAAGCAUUGUUAAAGCUUGGAAAUUUCAAGCAGUUGCAUGCAUCGGUAGCGAAGAAGCCUCAUGCUACAGCUAUAAAGUUGAGUGAUGAAGGGGAAAUAUUAGAAGUCUUGGAAGAUUGUGAAGGGAAGACCUUGAAGUUCAUCAGUGAAGUGGAAGAGAAAGAUGGAAAACUUUGGAUUGCAUCAGUGUUAAUGCCUUAUAUUGGUGUUUAUAGUUUAUGA